GGGAGCGAGAGGGAGCGAGAGGGGGGAGGAGCACAGAGAUGAUUCCUCGCUCUAAUCCUGUAGACACACGCUUGGUCUGGCUGCCUACUGGCUCAGAGAGAGAGUGAGAGAGAGACGGAGGCAGGUGGAGGGCAGAAGCAGAGAGAGGGAGACCAAGUGGGAAGGAAAAAAACAAGAUGAAGGGAAGAGAGGAGAGGAUAGCUGCCCCUCGUAAACUACGCUGAGAGAAACACGGAGAGCGACAGAGAGAGGCAGUGAGAAGGAGGAGGAGGAGGAGGACUUGAGAAACCAGUGACGGUUUGGAGCACAGGGAAGGAGACGGAGCAGCAGCAGCAGCAGGAGGAGGAGUGAGCGAUGCUUCAGUCCAGCGCUGCAUGAUCCAAACCAGGAGAGAAGGCAAGGAGCAACAGAAGAGGAGAAGGGAACCGUUGAAAAAUAAGCUUGAAGAGAGGACAGAAAACAAGGGGACAGAAUAGAGGAUGGAGGAGUGCACAACGAGCAGACACACAGAUCCCUGGUUGCUCCGGCUCACAUGAGUGCAUGGACUUGAACCUCCCCCCCCCCACCCCCCACCCCCCCUAGAGUUACUACAAGAUGCUGUCAAAGAACCAGUGUGAGGGCGCACUGUUAGUGUGUGAGUGAUGGGUGCCUGUUUGCACAAACCACCAUUGCUACCUGAAACUCAGUAGAAUUAGAUGAGCGCUGGUGUCCCCAGGUGCUUGUGUGUGUGUGUGUGUUGUGUGAGAACAUCUGACUGAGCAGCUGUUUAGGGGGCUAAACAGGGUCAUAUGCACCCAGAGCAGAGAAAAAGGCAGGAGAAGUUGACACGUUCACCUGAGCACGUGCAUGGACGGAGAAUUAAACACACACACAGACAUGAGAAUGGGUGUGUGUGCAGCUAGCAGAUAGACGAGAGUCAGUCCAAGCAUCUCAGGUGUAGUUCAAGGCUUGGUUUUUAUUUUGGGAUUUUGUCAAAAAGAAAGGAGAAGGGUGAUCACAGCGGCAACAAUGAGGUGCCACUGAGCUGCUUGGUUGCUCUUUACACCUGAGAAGCCGUCUGAAGCCACAGCCUACCUCAUCUCUACUCAACAAGUGGACUUAAAGACUCAAAAAAGAGGACUCUGACACCGGCGCUGGUGCCCUGCUGACUUGGAAACCCGCUUGAAGUGGGGUCCGCUCUGAUUCUCUGUGCCCAGUGGAUGCCUCCAAACUCCAACCAUGGGAGAAUGGACCAUCCUGGAGCGCCUCCUAGAGGCCGCCGUGCAGCAGCACUCUACUAUGAUUGGAAGGAUCCUUCUGACAGUCGUGGUGAUCUUCCGUAUCCUGAUCGUGGCCAUCGUUGGGGAGACCGUGUAUGAGGAUGAGCAGACCAUGUUUAUCUGCAACACUCUCCAGCCGGGCUGCAACCAGGCCUGCUAUGACAAAGCCUUCCCCAUUUCACACAUCCGCUACUGGGUCUUCCAGAUCAUUCUGGUGUGCACGCCCAGCCUCUGCUUCAUCACCUACUCCGUCCACCAGUCGGCCAAGCAGAAAGACCGCCGCUACUCUUUUCUCUAUCCCAUCAUGGAGAGGGACUACGGGGGAAGGGACGGGGCGCGAAAGCUUCGCAACAUUAACGGGAUACUUGUUCAACAUGGCGGUGACGGCGGAGGAGGGAAGGAAGAGCCAGACUGCCUGGAGGUGAAGGAGAUCCCAAACGCCCCCCGUGGUCUCACUCAUGGAAAGAGCUCUAAGGUGCGCCGGCAAGAAGGGAUCUCCCGCUUUUACAUCAUCCAGGUGGUGUUCAGAAACGCGCUGGAGAUCGGUUUCCUGGCGGGCCAGUACUUCCUUUACGGCUUUAGCGUCCCCGGGAUCUUCGAAUGUGACCGCUACCCGUGUCUGAAAGAGGUGGAGUGCUACGUGUCUCGCCCCACGGAAAAAACGGUUUUCCUGGUCUUCAUGUUUGCAGUGAGCGGUAUCUGCGUAGUCCUCAACCUGGCCGAGCUCAACCAUCUGGGCUGGCGCAAGAUCAAGGCCGCCAUCAGGGGCGUCCAGGCCCGCAGGAAGUCUAUCUGUGAGAUCAGGAAGAAGGACAUGGCGCAUCUUUCCCAACCACCCAAUCUGGGACGCACACAGUCCAGCGAAUCAGCCUACGUCUGAUGAAGAAAAGAAAAAGGAGGAGGAGUGGGACGAGGAUAUGUAUUAAUUAUGAUUUUAAUUUAAUAAAGAUGAUGGAGAGGUCAAACAAGAUGACCUCUCCUCUGUGCUCAAGGAAUGAAACUGAAUUUAAAGACCAAACCUCUGGCUCCAGGACUUGAUGAGUCAUUAAAGAAAAGAGGAAGAAGACUAUUACAAAGAGAGAGAGGAUUAAAGAGGACCAAAAGCUGAACACGAUGAACACAUUAUGGUCUCACAGGGAGAACAUUCAACUGCCAUUUUAUACGUUUUUCUUUCUUUGACUAAUUGCUCCCUCCCCUGCCCCUCCUUUUCUUGUGGACCUGGAUCCUCGAGGGUCUGGAGAGGAACGGCCUAGAGAUGAGAAAAAGAAGGGAGGUGAGAGAUGAGAGGCUGUUUUGUAUUCUUUGGGGGAUAUUGGAAGAUGAUGGCGGUGUUUGAUGCAUCCCAUGGUGCUUUUCUUCUGGACUGUGUCAGCCUCGAUUAAAAAAGGAAAAGACAGGAUAGGAAAUGGGACGGGGAGGAUGAGCAGCGACAUUAUUAAAAGAGGAACGGAAGAACUGUCAGGGCGAUGACGGACCCGAGAAGAAGAAGGUGAGUU